AUACAUACUAACACUAGAUGGCGUGCUGUAGAAUAAGUGGUCAGAUAGUGACCUUAUUGGUUAGCUUCAGUAUACUUGUGUUCUACAUGAUGCUGGGGGCGUUCAUGUUCACUGCAAUAGAGCUACCGCAUGAGAGUAAAGGACAUAAUCUCUCUUUAGCUCGGCUGCAGAAAAUGACUUCAAGUUCGAGCAAAGCUAUCCAGAAACUAACUGCUCGUUUCAACUCAAGUGCUUGUGAGAGUUUGGAGGCAAUCGAGUUCUUUAAGAACCGUGACAAUGCAACCCCUCAUGACGAGGAUGAAGUGUUUUCCUGGACUUACACAAAAUCUAUGAUGUUCGCCUUUGCUACCAUCACUACUAUAGGGUAUGGCGACUCAAUACCAACCACACAUGUUGGCAAGGGAAUGGCAAUACUGUUCGCUCUGACUUGCAUCCCUCUCUACUACAUGAUGGUGAUGCUUUACGCAAGACACGGGCUAACUAUCACUAAAAGUCUGAUUGAAACUUGCACCAGUGACAUUAGAAAAGCUUUCCUGAUUCUCAAUGCAGUGUUAUUUGGACUCCUAUUUAUUGCGAUUAUGUUCUUUACCGCUGUGUACUGCUUCACUGAUAAAACUGACUUUGGGAAUUCUUUGUGGUACACAUUUGCCACUUUCACUACCAUUGGAUUUGGAGAUCACGUCCCCGACAACGCACACUCUGGACACGCAUUCUACUUUAUUGUCUUUGUUACACUUGUUCACAUAUUGAUUGGAAUGAUCGUACUCUCUUGGAAGAGCUCCUUCUUGAAGUUACACCGCACAGUGGAGAGGUACAGCUCUACUGUAUUUGGACUCUGCUGCCAUGUCUCUCUUAAUAGUUCACUGCUUGUGGAGGUUGGAAUGACUCGUUUACCAGAGGAGCCUGUAGACGCAGAGAUGGAGGCUGUCCAGUUCGACCCUAAUGAUAACGAGGACGAGGACGUCUUUAAUGAGGAACUAGGCAAAGAUUACUGGUCUGCUCCUGAGGUACUUGUAUUUUUGGAUACAUUCCUUUCGUGGUUAAAAGAAAAGGUAAACAAAGAUUCAGUGCGAAAUAAAGAAGAAGUGUGGCUAAAAGAGGAGAUGAGUGGAGAUGAAGGAGCAAUGUACACCUUGAUUUACUCAGGAGAUGGAAAUAUCCGACUGGAAAAAGAUGAGCACCCAGAGUUAAAGAAAAUAGUUACCGAGAGAUACUGUCUAUAA